AUGUCAGCUCCCGUUUUAGUUCUGAAUCAGAAUUCAAAAAGAGAAUCUGGUAAAAAAGUUCAACUUGGAAAUGUUAAUGCCGCAAAAACAAUAGCAGAUGUCAUUCGAACAUGCCUCGGUCCAAGAUCAAUGAUGAAGAUGUUGAUGGAUCCGCAAGGUGGAAUUGUGAUGACGAAUGACGGAAAUGCUAUUUUGAGAGAAAUUCAGGUACAACAUCCAGCUGCAAAAUCUAUGAUUGAAAUCAGCAGAACACAAGAUGAAGAAGUUGGUGAUGGAACUACCUCUGUCAUUAUUCUUGCUGGUGAAAUGAUGGCAGCGGCUGAACAAUUCUUGGAGCAAAAAAUGCAUCCUACUGUUAUUAUUGCUGCUUAUAGACAAGCUUUGGAGGAUAUGCAAGAGGCAUUGAAUGAGUUGAGUGUAACUGUCGAUGUCAGUGAUCCGAAAGUAAUGAAAAAAAUAAUUGCAAGUACGAUCGGAACCAAGUUCAUCAGUAAAUGGACAGACCUUGCAUGUGACAUGGCAAUAAAAGCAGUAGCUACAGUUGCGAUUGAAGACAAAAAUUCGGGUCAAAAAGAGAUUGAUAUCAAGCGAUAUGCUAAAGUUGAAAAGGUGCCAGGUGGUACUAUUGAAGAAUCCUGUGUACUUCAAGGUGUCAUGCUAAACAAAGAUGUCACCCAUCCCAGAAUGAAACGCCGCAUUGAGAAUCCCAGAAUUUUGCUUCUUGAUUGUCCUCUCGAAUACACAAAGGGAGAGAGUCAGACUGACAUAGAACUUACAAAAGAAAAUGAUUUUAAUAAAAUCUUACAAUUAGAAGAAGAAUACAUACGCCGGGUCACUUCAGAAAUUAUUGCAUUUAAACCUGAUUUGGUUUUCACAGAGAAAGGAAUAUCUGACUUGGCUCAACAUUUCUUGGUAAAGGCAAACAUUACAGCGAUUCGUAGAGUCAGAAAAUCUGACAACAAUCGUAUUGGUCGUGCAAGUGGUGCCACUGUGUGUUCUAGAACAGAUGAAAUUAGAGAAGAAGAUAUCGGUACUGGAGCCGGUUUGUUUGAGAUUCGCAAAUUCGGGGAUGAAUAUUUUACUUUCAUUACUGAAUGCAAGGAUCCGAAGGCUUGCACUAUUCUACUGAGAGGUGCAAGUAAGGAUAUUUUGAUGGAAGUCGAAAGAAAUCUACAAGACGCAAUGCAGGUUGUUAGGAAUGUCAUGGUCGAUCCUAAACUUGUUCCUGGAGGAGGAGCAAUUGAAAUGGCUGUUUCUCAUAAAUUGGUUGAAAAGGCUAAAACCAUGACUGGUGUAGAACAAUGGCCAUAUAGAGCGGUAGCACAAUCUCUUGAAGUUAUACCAAGAACGCUGAUUCAGAACUGUGGAGCUAGCACAAUUCGGAAAAUUACUCCAUUACGGGCAAAACACACAGUUGCUGGCAAUCAUACUUGGGGUGUGAACGGAGAGACUGGUGAUGUUGUUGACAUGAAUGAGUUUCAAAUAUGGGAGGCUCUUUCAGUAAAACUGCAAACUUAUAAGACUGCAAUGGAGACGGCUAUGCUAUUGCUUCGAAUUGAUGACAUUGUUUCCGGAACAAAGAAGCAGGAACAGUAGCAAGAAUCACUGAAAUCGUGCAGGGAUUUGAAUUUAUCUGCCUCCUAUCUGCAGAUCAGUGUUCACAUCAACUAGUGGAUUUUUUCGUGCUUUUGCUGCAAAGUACUGUUCCUAGGUUUUUCAUAAAUGUAGCAUGCUUCAAAUAAAAUUUGUACUAUGGAA